AAUCGUACCUUCUUCAGCAACCAGUAUUACUCAAUUCCUGUUGUCCAUCCCGGCCGCUACUACGAUGCAUGCUACGGUGAAGGAUCGCGAAGACCGCCUUGGUGCUUGCAGUACGCUGUUUGGUCAUUGGCAGCCAAUGGUCACUCAGUAUAUGACUCUCAUGCUUCAUCGCUUUACGAAAGAGCUCGUAAAUAUGCAGAAGAGGAUGAGAUGAAGGACCAAGGAGAGCACUUCAUUUCGGUAGCACAUGUACAGACUUGGCUUUUGCUUGCCACUUUUGAGUCUAACACCAUGCUUUUCACCAGAGCUUCAGUUAGUCUAGCCAAGACUAUGCGCCUAUCUCAAAUGAUGGGCCUUGAUCGACUGGAUGGCGCGAGCGAUGGAGCUCGAGUGGUUCUGCCACCCCCCGUAUCUUGGUGUGAGCUAGAAGAACGCAGGCGAGUAUUUUGGGGUGCUUUUGCAAUCGAUUCGCAUGCCAGUUUAGCAACAGGCUGGUCCUGCUUAAUAGAUCCAAACAGCAUACGCACCCGCCUUCCCGCCUCAGAAAGGGCCUUUUCAGAAGGUAAUGAGGAAACCGUUCCGUUCCUGGACGAGAUAUCCAAAGGGGGCUCUUACGAUGACUUUGCCAGCACUCUCGUCACACUCCAAGUCUACAGAAGCAUAUUGCAGCACAUACUUUGCCAAACGCAACGAGAACAAGUCGACACUUCGCCAGAUUCGUUCUGGAUCCGUCACUACCGCCUGGAUGACAGACUGUCACCCAUUAUUUCUAACUUUCCCAACAGUCUUGUGCUGCCGCUGAAAGUCACGAAUGUACACGCGAUUCAGAUGAAUUGCAAUCUUCAUGCUGCCUACAUUUGUUUGCAUCAUGCAGUUAUGGAGAAUCAGUCCGGAACAUUACCACCCACUGUCAGACAAUCCAGCCUUGGUCGGCUAAAAACAUCAGCGAUCGAGAUUGUAAAUAUCUUGAAGCUGGCACCUCAUUCCAUUGCAAAUCUUAAAGAUCACUGGAGUGCGAUGCCCCUUUAUUUGGCCAGCACAGUCUAUGUCUUGCAAGCCAAAAUGGAUCCAGAAACUGGCCUCAAUGCCACUGAUGCGUCUGAUCUCCAAUUCCUGAUAAGCUCCAUGGAAGCUAUCAGCCGAACUCAUAAAGUUUCGCGUGUCUUUCUAGAGCAAACAUAUUUGGACAUUUGCAUAAAUGGGCUUGAAUCCCGCAUUGGGAUUCCCGAUCUAAGCAAAUAUCAUCAGAUGUUCUUGAAUGCAAAGAGCAGCAUUCCCUUUGUAGCGCGAACUAUGCUGUCUGGCGGUAGCGAGAUCUUGAACUCUUCUAUUCCUGAUCUUGCUUUUCAAAUUCCAUCUGGUUGGGAUAUUUGGCCUGAGCUAGCUGAUAUAAUAGGCAUUGAGUAUUUUUAA